CCACUGGCCGGUCUGCAGACUCACACAAAUACAGUUGUGUGUCAUAAAGAUGCACUCAGAUGCGUCAAAUUUCCAGCUGAACUCUCAUUUGUCCACACUGGCCAGUAUCCACAAGAUCUACCACACCCUGCACAGGCUGAACCUGACAGAAGACGUCGGCCCAGAGACUCACGGUACAGCCUGCUGCUCCAGAGCCAUGCCCCCCAGGAAAAAGAGGAGACCCACUGCUGGAGAUGACCUGUCUGCUAAGAAGAGCCGGCAGGAUAAUGUUUACAGAAAACAGGAGACAUUGCAAAUCCAGGAAGCUGAAACUUUUUCAAGCAAGAGAUGUCUAGAAUGGUUCUAUGAAUAUGCAGGGUGCGAUGACGUUUUUGGACCGGAAGGGAUGGAGAAAUUCUGUGAAGACAUUGGCGUGGAGCCAGAGAAUGUAGUGAUGCUGGUACUGGCCUGGAAGCUUGAUGCCCAGAGUAUGGGUUACUUCACUUUACAGGAGUGGCUCAAGGGAAUGGGCUCAUUGCAAUGUGACUCUACUGAAAAACUCAGGAACUCUCUAGACUACCUGAGGUCUGUCCUCAAUGAUGCCACCAGUUUCAAGCUCAUUUACCGAUAUGCCUUCGACUUUGCCAGGGAGAAGGAUCAGAGGAGUUUAGACUUGAAUACUGCCAAGUGCAUGCUGGGACUUCUGCUUGGGAAGAUCUGGCCAUUGUUUCCAGUGUUUAACCAGUUUCUAGAACAAUCUAAGUAUAAGGUUAUAAAUAAAGAUCAGUGGUGCAAUGUUCUAGAAUUCAGUAGGACUAUCAAUCUUGAUCUCAGUAACUAUGAUGAGGACGGGGCCUGGCCAGUGCUGUUGGAUGAGUUUGUGGAGUGGUAUAAAGACAGAGAGAUGUCGUAGCGACAGCUUCUCCAUGCCUACCACCAUCACCAACUAGAAACUAAUCGCCAACUAUCACAAUGACAAUGACAAUGACAGUGACGACAGAAACGGCUUUGAAACAAACAUCUAGGAAACAAAGUACAAUUCAAAACUGAAGUGUUUGCGACAGAUGAUGGUGGCCCCUGGCGAUGAGGGCUUGAGUGUGUGAGUGUUUGCAUAGAAUGUAAUUAUUAUUGCACAUGUUUGUAUGUCGCCCUUUUAGCCGGGGCCAUAGGGUCACUGGUGGUUGUGUGUUGGAGAAACAGCACCUCACCGACUCCACCUAAUGCCCCCCAUAGCGUCCAAUGCAUUGUGGGUAAGCACACGGCCAGUGUUGGUGCCGCCUUCCCACCCCACUGUGAUGUUUCAUAUUGCUGUGAAUGUUUCGAUAGGCUCUUAUAAGGAGGAUGAAUUUGGAUUCUCCAUUAGGCAGGGUAGGUAAAAUCUCCCAUUCUGUAUGAAGUUUAGGUAAUUAGGGCAUGGAAGGAAAGGAAAAGGAAGAACCUGCUUGA